AUGGCAUUGACAGCCCAGGGCUUCGUCUACGACGUGCUCACUAAUCAGCAGCAUACGAGAUGGAUUGCGCCUCUACUCAUUCUAGGCGACGCGCUACUCUGCGCCCUUGUCAUAUGGAAGAUCGCUUGUAAUACCGCUCCCAGAUGUCGCGCUCAACCGGUCCCCCUCGUCUACCCCGCCGCCCACGUAUACAUCUACACCCUCCUCUAUCACCUCACCGAUGAAGGCCGUGAUAUCCUCCUCGGACAGGUGCUUUUCGCAGUGCUCUACCUUGCUACACUGGCUGUGGUAGUUGCUUGCUACAGACAGACGGGGGCACCUCCCUACCUUUUCCCGCUCCUUGCUCUGUCCAAACGGCUGCAUAGCAUAUUCGUUCUGCGCAUGUUCAAUGAUGGCGUUGCGACUUUCGCUAUGUGGCUUGCUAUCUAUCUCUGUCUGAGACGCAGCUGGACGGCGGGUAUUGCAGUGUGGUCUUUUGGGGUUGCGAUUAAAAUGACACUUGUGCUGCUUGUGCCUGCCAUUGUGGUCAUUACUCUUCUCAGUUUGGGGUUGGCGCGAAGUAUUUCGCUCGGAGUUAUGGCUGUUCUUAUCCAGGUCCUACUUGCGGUUCCCUUUCUGCAGACUAAUAGUAUAGGCUACCUCUCUCGGGCAUUUGAGCUAUCCCGCCAGUUCUUGUUCAAAUGGACAGUGAACUGGCGGUUUGUAGGGGAAGAAACAUUUCUUUCAAGGGAGUUCUCUGUGGGUCUGCUUGUGCUGCAUAUAUCCUUGUUGGCUAUCUUCUUCAGAAACUGGGUAAAACCUUCAGGGUCGAACAUGGUUCGUUUCCUCCAGGAUACUAUCCAGGGACGCCAAAAGACAGUUCCACUCUCAAAAUCCUUCACUAUGACCGUGAUGUUGAGCUCACUGGCCAUCGGCUUGCUAUGCGCCAGGUCCUUGCAUUACCAGUUUUUCGCGUAUCUCGCGUGGGCUACCCCCUUUCUUCUCUGGCGCGCGGGUAUCCACCCAGUUCUUAUAUACGCCUUAUGGGCGCUGCAAGAGUGGGCUUGGAACGUUUUCCCCAGCACAAACGCAAGCUCGGCGGUUGUGGUGUUGUCGCUCGCGGUCCAGGUCUUUGGCGUGUUGUUCAAUGGCUCGAGCGAGGUCGAUAAGAAGAGUGACAAGGGGAGCAGCCGCGGCAAGGCGAUUGUUCAAAAAUGA